UCCAAGAUGGCGGCAGAUGCCACGUUCAGGCAGUCUUGCCAAAGAUCCCAUGAUAACCUAUUCUUUGACUAUAUUGGAGACAAUCCAAAAUGGAAACCCAUUUCUUUAACACACGUAGAAUAUCCUAAAGGUGACUAUCUUGGCCUUGCUCUAGCAUGGUGCAGUCUAAUGCCUAUUCAUAUCGUUGUUGGAAUGAUUACAUUAAUCAUAUUUCGUAGAGAAUUACACACAAUAAGCUUUUUUGGUGGUCUAGGAGUAAAUGAAAUUCUUAAUGCUGUGGUAAAGCACACACUAGCACAGCCACGGCCAUGUGCAGAUCAUAUGUAUGAACAUCCAUCAUAUGGAAUGCCUUCAAAUCACUCACAAUUUAUGGGCUUUUUUGCUGUUUAUAUGGUACUGUUUAUAUAUUGUAGGUUACAUUAUUCACAAUCCACAACCAUGUGGGAUGAUCUUCUAGACAAUUUAUGGAAGCAUGCAGUGGCUACAGGAACAAUAUUACUUUCGCUAGCAGUGGCAUUCAGCAGGGUUUACCUGAGAUACCAUGAUAUAAACCAAAUAUCUGCAGGGCUCGUCAUAGGAGGUGCUAUGGGUGUGGCCUGGUUCAUAUUUACCCAGACAGUCCUAACACCAUUGUUCCCCGUCAUAACUGCAUGGCCCGUGGCAGAAUACUUGAUGAUAAGAGAUUCAACCCUCAUACCCAGUGUCAUGUGGUUUGAAUACACACAAUCAAGGGCAGAGACCAGGAAACGGCAAAGGAGAGGCUCUCAUAACAGCUACUAUAAAUCCCAUAGUCAGUGAGAAAAAUGACAGCAAGAUGAGUGUCUGAGAGUCAGAUGAUGCACCUUGAUUGAUUAUAAAAUAUUCAAUCAAUUCACUGGCGAACAAGAAUGGCCAUCUAUUAUCAAGUUCCUUAAUCAUGAACCUGUGAUAGAAAAGCUAUGCCACAUGAAGAAUUAUGAUUAACAAUACUGACAGAAGAUAAACCCCUCCCAUCUUGUCAAUCAGCACCAGGAGAAAGAGCAUAUCUGAUUUGUGACCAUGGAUGAAAUUAUGGGUGAAAUUUCAUUGCAGUGAGAAUCGAAGAAUGAUUACUAAGCUGGUCUUAAAGUUCUUUCAUGAAUUUAAUGUGCAUCAAGCUUGUGGAGAAAAGAGAACCACACAGAUGUAUUCUUUGAUCAAUCUUCAAGCAGAAUAUCCAAAGAAUUCAUGUUAUCAUUAUCAAUAAUGAGAUAAAAAUUGCUGAUUGGAAUUCAAAUGUAACAGUACUAAUACCAAUUAUUGAAUGAAGAACAGUGACUUCACUUUCAAAAAUUGACAGCAAGCAAACAGCUUCAAAUAUAGACUGUUAAAAAUCCCUUUUCUCUCCAGACUCAGUCAAUUUGUUUCCUCUUUGAGAUGCAGAGAGAAAAAAAUGUGACUCAGUCUGGAGAGAAAAUAGGAACAAUCUUCUCCAAAUACUACCACUGCUAUUAUGUCAUUGAUAUUUAUAUGAAUAUUAUUAAGGAAAACAAACUGCAUUUAGACUCUUCAGUGACUUCUAUGAGCAUGCACUCUGAUUGGAUAGUGUGCAUUUUGGUGCUUUCUGAUUGGUUGAAGUGUCAUAAGCACACCAGGAUUGAAAGAUAAUAAGGGAUAGUUGCAUGGACUGAACCUUGAAGUUUUGUCUAGAUUCUAUUAUUUACCUUGCCUGGCCUUAUCUUCUUUUAUUUCCCAACCUAUUUCCAGAUUAAAAUGAUGACCAAUAUCUGGGUAAAAUUGGCACUUGUCUGGCCAAAUAAUGAUCAAUUUGAUGUGGCCGGUCAUUAUGACCAGCCAUUGAGCAGUCAUUAUUUUUAGAAUCUCUAUUGCUUUAUUGCCUUAACAACACAUCAACAACAAUACUUGUUUCUGAUUGGUUGAUUGGCUGUCAAUUCCUAUUAAUUGGUGCAAUUAAUUCCUUACAUGCACAGUUUGAAUGAUUACCAAAUAUUUUUGCCAAUUUAUAUAUCAUAAACAGAUUUUUUGAAGAUGUGUUAUUAAUAGGAAAUACCAUCUUAGUUCUCAAAGAAUUAAUGAAAAUACUGUACCACUUGUAUUUGAUGUAAGGGUCACUUUAUACUGCUCAUGCUAACCACUUGUGGUAUUAAGCCAACUUCCAUCAAAUGCACAUUUAUUUUCCUUUAAUUCUUUUCCAUUAAUGAUUAUGAGCGUUUUCACUCACAUGACGUGACAGCCAUAUUAGUGUACCAAACAAGAGAAACUUUCUGCACAGUWUUUGCAUAAAAAUAGAGUUCAAUUCCCAGAGGAUAGAAAAUGUAUUGUUUUGGUACACCAACAUGGCCGAUGUGACGUCACUUGAAAACACUCUAUUACCUAAGCUAAUCAUGGCCUGCCCAUGUAUCAUUUCUUUGAAAUACAGACUGUUCAUUUGCAUGUUAUCUAUGGUAAACAAAGGAAUAGUACCCAAGGGAAUGACACAAUAUUGAAUAGGGAAAAGUGUACAGGCCUAUCAAUAUCUGGCAUUUUCUAGACAUCCAGUAUUGCAGUGAUUCUUACCAUGAAAGGAAUUGCUGUACAUCAUCUGAAAUCUAUUUUAAAUUCUAAUGAACAAAUGACAAUACACUGUGCAACCAGUUGCUGAAUCCCACAUCCCAGCUGUUGUCAAAGUACAUGUGUAGUCCACAUUAUUUCACGAUCAUUAAUAACAUAUUAAAGAUUAGGAAUGAAUGAAUUAAUCAAGAAACAUUAUAGAAAAAUUAUCUUAUUAGUAAAGGUAUUAUCCCUCGUCCCCUAGUGAUAAAAUCUAAGUUCAGAAGGGGUUGGGAGGGUAACUAUAUUCUACAUAGAUAUUCAUUAUAGUCAUUUUUUUAAUUAGACUCUAAGUUUCUGAAAUUAUUAGUYGUUUUUACUUAAUUAAUAGAUUGUCUUACUCUCAA